UGUGGUGCGGGCCCGCGGCGGCUUUCCGCGGUGUUGUGAGGGGCCAGAGUGGGCCCCGCGUGGGUGCUCCCGCAGGCCGCCGGGUGGGUAGGUCGCGGUCGCGACCCGCAGGGCGCCGCGAGAGGAAAAUGGCAGAAACAUCAUCAGAGCCACCUGGGCAGCUUGUUGUACGUUCAGACACUCACAGUAACAUGAUCCUGGCCAGUUUUGAGGAUCAGAGGAAGAAAGGCUUUCUCUGUGAUAUUACAUUAAUCGUGGAGAAUGUGCAUUUCCGGGCCCACAAAGCCUUACUUGCUGCCAGCAGUGAAUAUUUCUCAAUGAUGUUUGCUGAAGAGCGGGAAAUUGGCCAGUCCAUUUAUAUGCUGGAAGGCAUGGUUGCUGACACAUUUGGUAUCCUGCUGGAAUUUAUCUACACAGGUUAUCUCCAGGCGAAUGAGAAAAGUACAGAACAGAUCUUGGCAACUGCUCAAUUCUUAAAGGUCUACGACCUGGUAAAAGCUUACACAGACUUUCAGAGUAACCAUAGUUCCCCAGUACCAACAACCUUGAACAGCGCUGGUGCUCCAGUGGUGGUGAUUUCUAAUAAGAAAAAUGAUCCUCCAAAGCGGAAACGGGGAAGGCCAAGAAAAGUCAACAAUGUGCAGGAGGGGAAAUCAGAACUGGCCACAGAAGAAGAAAUACAGCUGAGAGAGAACAAUUCAGUUCAAAAUAGACAGAACUUUGUGAUUAAAGAGGGAGGCAGUGGCAUAAUGAAUGAACAGAUUCCUGCAAAAGAAAUGGAAGACUCUGGACCAGCUGUAGGGGAGGAGAUGCCUGCUGAAAAAGAUGAGAACUGUGAUCCCAAGAGCCAGGAUGGACAGGACAGCCGGAGUCGGUACAGCAAGCGGAGGAUCCGGAGAUCUGUCAAACUUAAAGAUUACAAACUUACUGGGGAUGAAGAUGACCAAGGUUCAGCGAAGAAGGUCUGUGGAAGGAGAAAGCGCUCCAGUGGUCCUGAGGCCCGAUGUAAAGACUGUGGCAAAGUCUUUAAGUACAAUCACUUUUUAGCUAUCCACCAGAGGAGUCACACGGGGGAGCGACCUUUCAAAUGUAAUGAGUGUGGAAAAGGCUUUGCCCAGAAGCACUCGCUGCAGGUCCACACCAGGAUGCACAGGGGCGAGCGGCCGUAUACCUGCACCGUGUGCAGCAAGGCUCUCACCACCAAGCACUCGCUGCUGGAGCACAUGAGCCUGCACUCAGGACAGAAGUCUUUUACCUGUGAUCAGUGUGGAAAAUAUUUCAGCCAGAAAAGACAACUAAAGAGCCAUUACCGAGUUCAUACAGGCCACUCAUUACCGGAAUGCAACCACUGCCAUCGCAAAUUCAUGGAUGUGUCUCAGCUAAAGAAACAUCUACGAACACACACAGGUGAAAAGCCAUUUACUUGUGAAAUUUGUGGCAAAUCUUUCACAGCAAAGAGUUCUCUUCAGACCCACAUCAGAAUCCAUCGAGGAGAAAAGCCAUACUCCUGUGGCAUAUGUGGCAAAUCCUUCUCUGACUCCAGUGCCAAGAGGAGACACUGCAUUCUCCACACAGGCAAGAAGCCUUUCUCCUGCCCCGAGUGUAACAUACAGUUUGCUCGCUUAGACAACUUGAAGGCUCACUUGAAAAUCCAUAGCAAAGAAAAACAUGCCCCGGAUGCCAGCAGUGUUUCUGGCAAUCAUAAUACUGAAGAGGUCAGGAAUAUUCUUCAGCUACAGCCAUAUCAACUCUCUACUUCUGGAGAGCCAGAAAUUCAGCUGCUUGUAACGGAUUCUGUACAUAACAUCAAUUUCAUGCCUGGUCCAAGCCAAGGAAUCAGCAUUGUCGCUGCAGAGAGCUCCCAGAACAUGACCGCAGACCAGACAGCAAAUCUCACCCUGCUCACACAGCAGCCAGAACAACUGCAGAAUUUAAUUCUCUCGGCCCAGCAGGAGCAAACAGAACACAUUCAGAGCCUCAAUAUGAUGGAAAGCCAGAUUGAACCCUCACAAACUGAACCAGUGCAUGUAAUCACACUUUCUAAGGAAACUCUGGCACAUCUUCAUGCCCAUCAAGAGCAGGCAGGGGGGCUCCAGUUAGCAGCUGGUGCUCCAGAUCCAGCUCAGCAUCUGCAGCUCACACAGGAGCCUGCCCCGCAGCCACCCACUCACCAGGUGCCCCAGCCCAGGCCGCUAAGCCCAGAGCAGAGCUGACCUGAGUGCACAUGUGACUGCUCUUGGGCCUCCUCUCUGUAAGCCAGCAAUCGCAGGAUUAUGGGUCAGAACUGCUUUCUGAAAUGCUCCCUUGGAGAGGCGUAUAGCCAACACGUUCCAGUACGUCCCAGCCAGGCAGUAAGAUGGGUGUGUAGAGUACUGAUUUGGACUGUGUAUUUUACUAUUGAGGAAUGGUUUCCAUUUUCAUCUCUAUCUCCUAAAAACAAUGCUAAUAUUUCUUUGAGGGCACUGACUUAGACUUUUAGUUCUACGUAUUAUGUUCACAGCCAUAGGUUAUAAGUCUUGCCAAACUUUUGAGUUAUCUUUUUUGUUUUUUUAGAACAAAGGAAGUCAUAUGUUAGUUAAAUUGGGUAGAACGAUUGCUUCUACUUCUUUUCUCUCAGGCAAUACAGUUGCCUCAGCCAAGUCGAGGCUGAACAUGAUAGAUUGUAACUUUGGGGGAUCUGUCCUUUUAAUAACUGCUAACCCCCCAAGAAAAACUGUCAACAUUUAAUCUUUGUGUGUUACAUGUCAUAUUUAAAGUAGAUUCAAAUACAGACUAUGCCAUUUUAACUCAAAAUUUAUAAUAGCAAAAAAAGAUCAUUUUUAAUAUUUUGAACUUAAUUUUCUGAGAAUAUGAGUUUAUAUAUUCUUUAAAAGAAGAUUAUUGAGAACUAUAAUUUAAAAAGUUAUAAAAUUGGAUCAAGGCAUUCAUCCCAGAUAUUUGGUUUUUGUCAGCAUGAUAAAAUGAAAGCUUUCUCAAUUAUCCUGGAGUACAAAUUUUAUUCAGUGUAAUUUAAGUGUCAAAUAUAUUCUACUGAAUUCUGUUUGAUCUCUGAAACUGUUGACUUUUCUUUUGUCCCAUAACUUUUUGGAGAGGGGAAGUUACUAUAUUUUUGUUGCAAAGUCAGUUAAAUUCCAUAAGAUUGACAUAACAAUUUAAAGUAAUGGUCAAAAGAUGAAAUUAUGUUUGGGUCAUGUUUUCAAUUUUAUCAUAUUUUAUUGAAUAUUUUGACUGUUGUGUCUAGUAAAUUGAUAUAGGAUCUUUGAAAAAAGAAGAGGGUUCUAAAGCUAUCUAAAUUAGCAAAGUACUGGUGAAGAGAAGGGAAAAAUCUACCCUAAAAUUAACAGAAUCUUCACACCAGUCAUUUUCUAGUUUUAGACAUCUUUAAUUACUAUUUGAAUUAACACUUUUUGGAAAUUAGAGGAUUUGUCAGACUUGAGAUAUUAAUACAUAAUGUAAAUUGUAUGUAAUUCAUAAAAUUUCCAGAAUGAUGUGUGUCAAGAUCAUGUUAAAUCAGGCCUAUCUAAUGCAAAGGUGUAACUUUACAAAUGCACUUAUACCCUAAUUACUACUUCAGGUUUUUACUUAGUCAUUGAAACUGCUUUAACUUGAUUCUUAAAAUGCAAAGUUCUUAAUAGCUUUCAAAGCCUACUGGCCCACAUUUUCUCCAGAAGCAACAUCACAAUCAAAGUAAAUGACUGUUAACUACUCACUCUGGAUAGCUGGAUAAUUAUUCAGGAAAUAAAUUCAUAUGACUGAAGUCAGGUUUAACUAGCUCUACGACAGUCUACUUUUUUGCUAAGAAUAUAAUGAGAGCCACAAAAGCAAUCUAAAGUUUCCUAGAAACUGUAUUAAAAAGUGAAAUUUUAAUAUA